AUGUCGUCUCUCGCCAGCUUGCGCAAGCUCAAAGUGUCCGAGCUACGGGAUGAGCUCUUUAGGCGCAACCUGGACACCAAGGGCGUGAAGGAGGAGCUGAUCCAGCGCCUCGCAGAUGCGGAUGGAGCUGGCGAGGGCGCGCCGAAGCCUGAGGGUGAGGAGCCUGUCACCGACUCCCCGGAGGAUGUCACAGAGCCACAGCCCACAGUAGACCAGCCGGCGGAGAACGGAAGCCAAGGCACCGCACCCCCAGAGGUGGAGGCGGCAGAAGCCCCUGCCUCCAUGGUCAGUGCCCCGGCCGACCCCGAGGAGCCCGCCUCCAGUCAAGUGACAGAGGCAGAGAAGGCCAAGAGGAGAGCUGAGCGGUUCGGAAUCGCUGUGGUGCCCCCAAGUGGGUCUGCCGGCCCGGCGCCAGAGGACAAGGAGAGGCUCAAGAAGCGCGCCGAGAGGUUCGGUCUGCCCCCUCCCAUCGAAACGGAAGAGGAACUGGAGAAGAAGAAGAAACGCGCUGCACGCUUUGGCCUUCCUGCUCCCGUCAUCAAGUCUGAGGAGGAGGAGAAGAGGUUGGCGCGUGCCCAGCGAUUCCAGGCGGCGAGCGCUGGCGUGACUGGCACAACCGAGGAGGUAAAGGCAAAGCUGAAGGCCAGGGCGGAGCGCUUUGGUAUGCCACUGGCAAAAUGA